UGUCCCUCUUAAGCCCAGUUUGGAUAAAUUAAAGUAUACGACCUUUCGAGCGAUAGAGAUAGAGGCGCAUGGUACAUGGACUGGGAAGGAGAAUAAUCUGUUUAAAUUUGGAGCUACCGGGAAAGAAACCUUGGGAGAAGGAUCUAAUAUGAUUCUUGCUGAUAGUAUUAAUAUAAGGAAACCACCUGAUGGUAAAUUCGGCCAUAUUGGGCAAUCUUCGAUGGAUUUAUCGGAAGCCAUGAAUGGUAUUGUGGGUAAUUUACAUCAGGCUCUAGAGUAGUCGAAUGUGGAGAAUGCUUCCUUGACAGAGAGUACGAGUUCGGUAGCGGUGCCUGAUCAUGAAGUUGGGAUAAAUGGUUGUCAUGUUGAUGGAGUUAUUAGCAAAUUGGGGUAUCUGAACUCUUGUAGAAUUGAGACGAAUGGAUUCUUGAGUGGUAUUUGGAUUCUCUGGAAUGAUAAUGUUCAUGUUAAAAUUUUGGGAUUAAAUUCCCAGGUCAUUCACAUGUGGAUUGGCUCUAGCCAGUAUUCGUGGAGAUUCUAUUGUUUGACAAUUUAUGCUAGUCCCCAAAGGAGUAAUAGGCGUAUGUUGUGGGAUCAUUUGAACUCGGUAGUUGAUUCGUGUGAUGAACCUUGGCUCAUUGCUGGUGACUUUAAUUCGCUUUUGGAUGUGUCAGAAAGGAGAGGUGGCUCGGCUACAUCUAGAAAUAGAUGUGCUUUUUUUUCUCAGGAUUUUCUGUUCAAUUAUGAACUUCGGGAUCUGGGUUAUUGUGGGUCUCGUUUUACUUGGAGUAGAGGAGGGUUAUCUCAACAUUUGGACCAGGCUAUAGAGAAUUCUAGUUUUGAUAUUUUUGCGCCUGAAUGCUUGGUUCGGAAUCUACACCGACUAAAAUCUAAUCAUCGUCCAAUUUUUGUGUCCCUUAAACCUCGCCAGGUGGAGGGGACAAGACCUUUCCGGUGUCUUGACAGUUGGAUGCUUCACUCUGAGUUUAGAAUGUUGGCUAGUUCUAACUGGAAUUCUGAAGAGUCCGUGGUGAAUAUGAUGGAGAAUUUUCGAGUUAAGGUCCAAAACUGGAACAAUCAUGUCUACCUGAACAUCUUUAGUCGGAAGAAGCAAUUGAUUCACGAGCUAAAGAUUGUACAGAGACUAAUGGAGUUAAGGCUGAAUAGGAGAUUUCGCAGUCGGGCAAUAGAAUUGAGACAAGCUUUAGAGGAGGUUUUGAAGCAUGAGAAGCUCUUAUGGUUUCAAAAAUCCUGGUCAGUUUGGCUUUUAAAUGGUGAUAGAAAUACCAAAUACUUCCAUGGAAGGACACUAGCUAGACGUCGAAGGAACAAAAUUGAGGGUCUUAAGGUGGAUGGGACUGAUUGGUGUUUUGAUCUUGUUUUACUGAAACAACAUGUUGUGGGUUUUUAUAAGAAUCUGUUUGCCAUGGAUUAUUCAGUUGAUGGUUUUUUGCCUUGCAGAGGUAAAUUCCAGGUUUUAUCUCUAGUUGAAAAAGGUAGUCUUGAUAUGGAGAUACAGAUUUAGAAAUCCGUACUGCUGUUUUUGGUAUGGCCCCGCUUAAAUCUCCUGGAGUUGAUGGUUUUCAUGCUAGGUUUUAUCAACCUCAAUCGGAUAUUGUUGGUUCUUCAGUUUUUUCGAUGGUACGACAGGUGUUCAGAGGUUAUCCAAUGGACCAUAGGAUUAAUAAAACUCUCCUUGUUCUUAUCCCAAAGGUUGAUAGUCCAGAAAGAAUCACUCAAUUUCGCCCAAUCAGCCUUUGUACGGUUUUAUAUAAGAUAAUUACCAAGUCAAUUGUCAACAGGAUGAGACUGUUAAUGUCGAGACUUACUCAACAAAAUCAAGCUAGUUUCAUGAUGGGUGGAAGCAUUUCAGAUAAUAUUGUCAUUGCUUAAGAGGUGGUUCGUUCUCUGAGGAAUUUUAAAGGAAGAAAAACUGGGAUGAUCUUUAAAAUUGAUCUCGAGAAGGCGUACGAUAGAAUUCAUGGGGACUUUUUGAAGGAUACACUUUCAGAAGCAGGACUACCACCCAUGUUGAUUACGGUAAUUAUGAAUUGUGUGUUUUCGGUUACGUUCCAAGUCCUCUGGAAUGGUAUGGUGACGGAUGAAUUUAGGCCUACUAGGGGGUUACGAUAAGGAGAUCCCCUAUCUCCUUACUUAUUUAUUCUAUGUAUGGAGAGAUUGGUGCACUUUAUUGAUGAAGCAAUGAAUAACGGGAGGUGGAGGCCUCUGGUUUUAUCUAGGGGUGGUCCAGGUUUAUGACCUUUAUUUUUUACAGAUGACCUAAUGCUAUUUGGUGAAGCGGAUCCGAAGCAGUCUGACAUGAUAAAUAAUUUUUGAAUACUUUCUGUCAUUUCUCAGGAGAAAAUGUGAAUAAGAAUAAAUCUCAGGUUUUUUUCUCGCCUAAUGUUCCUGAAAUAGUUGCUUCAGAUAUAUGCAAGACUGUGGGUUUUGGACGUGUGGAGGAUUUGAGGAUGUAUCUUGGUCUUCCGAUUAUGCAUAAGAGAGUUGGAGUUGGGGAUCUUUGUUUGGAGAUCUUUGUUUGAUGUUAGGAAACCGACCCUUAUAAAAUGGGAUGAAUGCUGCCGCCCGAUUGAGACUAGGGGUUUGGGUUUACGAAGUUUAAUUGUUCAAUACAAGUUAUUCCUUUUGAAACUCGAUUUCCUUUUAUUGACCAAGACAGGUAACUUAUGGGUUAAGAUUUUGAUCAGCAAGUACAAGAUUUGUGGGGUGCUACCGAUUUCAAUUGAUAGGAGUAACUGCCCCUACAUAUGGUCUUUAAUGUGGGUUUGGCAGGAUUUGGUGGAUAAUGUUUAUUAGGCCAUUGGUGAUGGAGCCUUGACAAACUUUUGGAAUGAUAAUUGGAUUUAUCAGGUGAGUCCUCUUAAGGAAUUUCUACAUGGGAUCCGAGCAACCAGAUGACACUAUACGAGUAUAUGAUUUAGUGGAUGAAUUUGGGAAUUUUGAUUGGAACGUCUUAAAAAUUUCCUACCAGAACCAAUUGUGAUGCAAAUUGCUUUGGUUUUACCUCCCUUUCUGGAUGCGGGAAAUGAUCGUUUAUCGUGGAGAUAGGCUACCAGAAAUGCUUUUCCAUGUCAGUAACUUAUAGAGGUAUAUACCAGUUUGAUUCGAAUAAUAACUAAUAUCUGGAAACUGUUUUGGAAAGCCAAGGCUCCUCAGCGAGUUAGAGUAUUCAUUUGGCUAUUGUGGAAAAACAAGUUGUUAACUAAUUCCAAGAGAGUUAGGAGACUUAUGGGUUAGGAGGGCUAAUGUCCUCGAUGCAAUGGUACAUUUGAAACAGAGUUACAUGUUGUUAGAGAUUGUUCGUUUCCCAAGGCAGUUUGGAAUUCAGUUGUACAAAUUCAUAAACAGGUAAUUUUCUUCUCACUACCUUUUCAUGAAUGUGUUGCUUGGAACUUGCAGAAUAUAGGGAAUUGUGGUAUUCCUGAAAUUGAUUGGCAAACAUUGUUUCCUAUAGUUUGUUGGUUAUUAUGGAAAAACAGGAAUAUGUUUGUGUUUUCCAGUAGUCAUAGCUCUAUCCAGGAUGCGGUAGAUACAGGUAUCAGUUGGACGAGAAGUUAUUCACCACCCUCAAUGGCUAUGUUCCAUUCGAAUUCUAUGGCUUCUGAUUCAAAAUGGUUAGCUUCGGAGAGUCGUUGGGUUAAGCUUAAUAUGGAUGGUGCAGUUUUAACUAGCGCUCACUCGGCUGCAGUUGGGGGAGUUAUUUGAGAUGCUGAUGGUAGUUGGUUAUGUGGUUACUCGAUGCAUUAGGGAAAGAUGAAGUGUAUAGGAUUGAAGCGAGAUCGAUGUUAGAAGGGCUUCGAUUAGCUUGGGACUAUCCACAGGUUGAGCUUGAAUUUGUUAACUCUAUUGCUAGUCAUAUUGUAGAAUUACGGGCUAUUCAUAAGCUGUUGCAUAAGAAUUGGAAGGUUUGUAUCUCUCAUGUUUCUAGAGCUCAUAAUGAAGUUGCAAAUUUUAUGACCUAACAUACUGCUAUAGGAUUCACAAGUAUCCAGGUGUUCUUCAUAUCUCCUCAAGCAGUGCGGGAUUUAAUUCAAAAAUAUAUUUUAGGUUUUUAGUUUUAUGUUUUUCAUUGUAAUCGCCUAGUGCUGUUCUUGUUUACCAAAAAACUUUUACAAAAAUUGGAAUUAUUUUAAAAUUUUAAUA